AUGGUGCAGCACACAGACAACAGCGAGACGGACGGAAGCAUGUCCAGGGAGGCUACAGACUCGGAGGAGAGUGAAUUUAUGGCAUGCAGCCCCGUAGCGAUAAACCCGGACUGGUGCAAGACAGCCACCGGUCACAUCAAGAGACCCAUGAAUGCAUUUAUGGUCUGGUCCAAAAUCGAGAGGAGAAAGAUUAUGGAACAGUCGCCCGACAUGCACAACGCGGAGAUUUCCAAGCGCCUUGGGAAGAGGUGGAAGAUGCUGAAGGACAGUGAAAAGAUCCCGUUUAUCAGAGAAGCCGAGCGGCUGCGGCUAAAACACAUGGCAGACUACCCCGACUACAAGUACAGACCCAAGAAAAAACCAAAGCUCGACAGUUCAAAAUCAUCAGCACCGUCUCCGGAGAAGUGCGGCAAGAUUACUAAGACUCCUAACAAGAAGUGCUCAAAGAUAAAGACUAGUAAAAGCGGCUCUAAGACCUCUCACGGCUACGGGGAGGACUGUGUGUUUCCCAGCUUCAAAGUUGCAAAGACUGUGAAAAGUGAGCUCACCGACGAGGACGACGACGACGAGUACGAAGAGGACUACCGGAUGGGGAUUAAUAAAGCGGGGGACGAGGAGCGCGUGCGGCCAUACAAUGUAGCCAAAGUUCCCGCGAGCCCAACUUUGAGCUCCUCGGCUGAGUCCGAGGGCGCGAGCAUGUACGAAGAAGUGCGGAAAAACAACCGACUGUUUUACAAUAUCAAAAACAUUACCAAGCAGAGCACAUAUCACGCUGCUUCUGUCUCACCAGCAUCCUCCAGGUCAGUCUCCACAUCCUCCUCCUCUUCCUCCUCCAGCAGCAGCUCCUCUUCUUCCGGGGAGGACGCGGACGAUUUGCUGUUUGACUUUAGUUUAAAUUUCGCCCCCAGCGCCCCUGGAACGGAGCUGGGCAACCCCAAUUCAGGAAACCUCUCCCUGUCUCUUGUGGAUAAGGACCUGGACUCGUUCAGUGAGGGCAGCCUGGGCUCUCACUUUGAAUUCCCAGACUAUUGCACGCCAGAACUCAGUGAGAUGAUAGCCGGGGACUGGCUGGAGGCGAACUUUUCCGACCUGGUCUUCACAUACUGA